AGGUGGGGGCUUGGGGCCUAUUUGUGGGUUUUCAGCAACUUUCACUGCAUUCUUUUCUGAAAUAAGAUUGCUUAUCACUACAGGUGCAUUGGAAGCUUUGCAAGCCCGCCAUGGAGUACUGGCUGAUAUCAGCCCCUGGUGAAAAGACCUGCCAGCAGACCUGGGACUCACUUCAGAAUGUCACUGCCAAGCAGGGUGACCUGUCAGCAAACUGGAAGUUUCAUAUUCCAGAUUUGAAGGUUGGCACGCUGGACCUGUUGGUCGGUCUCUCUGAGGACCUGGGCAAGCUGGACACAUAUGUGGAACAGGUCAUGAAGAAGGUGUCCAACUACCUGGGCGACGUUCUGGAGGACCAGCGAGACAAGCUGUCUGAGAACCUGCUUGCCAAUGGAGUGGACCUGGCCACUUACAUCACGCGUUUCCAAUGGGAUAUGGCCAAGUAUCCCACCAAGCAGUCGCUCAAGAACAUCUCUGACAUCAUCAGCAAACAGGUGUCUCAGAUUGAGGGCGAUCUCAAGGUUAAGGCCAACCAUUACAACAACCUGAAGAGCAAUCUGCAGAACAUCGAGCGAAAGCAGACUGGCUCGCUGCUGACGAGGAACGUCGGCGAUCUGGUCAAGAAGGAGCAGUUUGUGCACAGCUCGGAGUACCUCACCACGCUGCUGGUGGUCGUGCCCAAGAUGUACUACCAGGACUGGCAUAACAAGUACGAGCGGCUGACGGACAUGAUCGUGCCGCGCUCCACCCAGAUGGUGUUCGAAGACAACGAUCACGGCCUCUUUACCGUCUGCCUCUUCAAGAAGGUGGUGGACGAGUUCAAGCAGAAGGCCCGGGAGAACAGGUUUGUGGUGCGGGACUUCACCUACAACGAGGAGGAGCUGGCGGCCGGCAACAAUGAGUACUACAAACUGGCCUCCGAGAAGAAGAAGCAGCUGGGACCGCUGGUACGCUGGCUCAAGGUCAACUUCAGCGAAUGCUUCACCGCCUGGAUUCACGUCAAGGCGCUGCGUGUGUUCGUCGAGUCGGUGCUCAGGUACGGCCUGCCGGUCAACUUCCAGGCGAUGCUGCUGCACCCGCAGAAGAAGACGCAGAAGCGACUGCGGGAGGUGCUGAAUCAGCAGUACGCCCACCUGGACUCCACUGCCUCCAGUGGCGACAAGCACGAGGUGAUGGACAUUCCUGGACUCGGCUUUGGUACCGGCGAGUACUUCCCUUACGUGUACUUCAAGAUCAAUAUUGACAUGGUGGAAAAAACAAAUUAGGCUUCGGCACAUCGGAGCUUAGCAGGUGUAUGAUACGGUGUGAUGUGAUGUAUAUACGUGCGAGAGCGCGGUAAUCGGAGACACAAAUGUAAUCGGCGUGUGGAAUGAUUCCUGGCAAUGGGUGUAAGACGUGGCCAUCGGCAUGCCAUAAGCGACAGUAACUAUCGUGAAUAUCUCCAGAAUUGUCUAGCAUCUGACGCGGCAGGUAUUUAGCCGCAUUUCUCGGUUCUAUAGCUACAUUCCAGAUUGGUGCUCCCUGUGAAGCCAACUCGGGCUGCUGCCGACGAGGCCGACGCGCGUGCGACAGCCGCGGCGGGGGUCGGCGCGCCGCCGCCCGCCAGCGGCUGCCUCGCAGGUGGCGCCGUGAUCGUCGCGCUGAUGCUGGGGGAGGGCGGCGGGCGCGGGAGCGGGGCUGCCGCAGCCGUUGUGAGAUGCCGCUGUUGUGUAGUGGCGCGGAUGUGGGUCGCAGACUACCGGUAGUGCGUCGUCGGUGAUUGUGUGUAUCCAACUACGCGAAAUAAAAUGUGCAAUGUAUGUUC